AACACAUCUGCAAGUUGUAAGUACGGCGCCAUUCCCUCAUUUUGACAUAACAUUUGUCAACAAUUAAAUCAAUGUUUAAUUUCCCUAAUGACCAGUUAUCAUUUGUUGAUAACUAUUAUUAAGAAAUGUAGUCACUUAAUGAAUUACAACAAUGGCAUUUAACCUCAAAUGAAUAUGGAACAUGGGGUACCUGUGGAAGAGCAUAAUUCUGUAAAAAUGGGAGCUAGUGGCAAUCCAAAUGCUGCUAAGCUGGCAGCAUUACAAGAACGUAAGCAAGUGAUCGAGGAAGCUUUGGCUAAACGCAACAAGGAAUUACGACAGCUAUGCAUUCAGGAAGCAGAGCUUACAGGCACUAUGCCUACCGAAAUACCAUUAGACCCAGGCGAGUCACCACCAUUGUUUAGACGACGUAUUGGAACUGCCUUCCAACUUCCUCAAAAUUUGGUUAAUAGUCUAACUAGUGAAGAUGAAUCGUUUUCUUCCUUGGAACUUAACAUGCAAGUCCAAGCGAACAUGGCAGAAGCGGCAUUAAGUUUGGCAAAUGAAGCGAAUAUUAGUAAGACCAUGCGGCGACAGCAUAUGGCUCAAUAUCAGUACCAUAAGAGACAGUACAACGCUUUGGAAGAAAAGUUUGCAUUCCAUAAAACUAGAUCGCAAAUGGUUCAGCCCACUCAGUCACCUGUUUUGCAGCAUCAGAAGCAAAGAAAGAAGCCAAGACCUCCAGAUCCAGAUGAUACUAUAUCAAUGAAUGCAGCUGUCGAAAACGCUGAACCAUUUGGAAAGACAGUAUUACGCCACAGCAUACGCUCAUUACAGCAUCCCGUAAUGAGUGAUAAUUCUUUGGAAUUUCGCCACAGCUCUGGUCUUCAAAAAUUAGCAUACAGAAGUUCUGACGGUAGCUUACAUUCGGAUCUAAAUUCACCACUACUUCGUCCCGAAGACGCUAUGAUAUCUGGAAUAUACCGCCUAAGUUUGAACGGGUACAAAACAUAUAUGGAAAGGAAAGAAAUUAAUAGCUCACAUGUUACAUCACAUUUUAUAUCAUCACAAUCUAAUCCUAACCUAUACCAUCAAACAUCACAACCAAUACCACAUGCCAGCACACAUACUCUUCCUUAUGUCUCACAACGCAAUCCGCAAACUGUGCAAGGCUACCUCAUGUAUCCGCAAUACAGUCCAACACUCCAACAAUCGCACGAAUAUCCCAAAUUUGUUGUUACUAACAAUAAUAACAAUAAUGGUAUCAGACAGUCGAGUAGUCCUGGCUCGACUAGUAGCACCAGUACAUAUUCCAAAUCACAGUACUAUCCUCCCCAAUUUUAUAACAACUGCAGGCAGUAUGCUAACGUAGAGCAACAGUGUAGAACAUUGAAUCCUCAUCAGAUACAACCGCAUCAGCAAUAUGAACAUGAUGUGAUGAAUGUUGGUUUAGGGGGUUACUGGAAGAGAACGGAAUCGGGAGAAUCGGUUUGGUGUAAUUCGACUCCGAAUGAUACUUGGCAACGAGAUAAAAGGUUUGGUAGUUUAGAUCGAAGAAGAAAUAAAAGACUUCAUAAAAGGACUUCUCCAUUAGUUGAUCAAAAGUGUGCGACCAUUUCGGUGGCAAUUCCAUACUACGAAACAGCCAGACCUGCACCUUCCAAGCCACAACAGAUCGCCAAUCGCAAUAGGCCAGAUAGUAGACAGCUUGUACGUACGCAGUCGUUGGGAAGUGUUGGUGCUCAAACUGUCGACAGCGUUUGGCCAAGCGAUGACAAUUCCUCUUGCGGUAGUGACGCGCACAGUAUUAAUGAAGUGAAUUUGGCAGCCCGAAAGCAAAAGCAGAAAGAAUGGUUUGAAACGUCGUUAGAUGGUCCUGCGCCUUCAAUUCCAACUCGAUCUCAUUCAGUAAUGUCUUCUGCGGGCCAGUCUUCUAUAGCCUCUAUAUCACCUGAAGAGCAAUAUAUGGAAAUGAACGCGCACAAAUCGCCAUUAGAAAUACCAGCCGAAUCAAAUCCUCAACCUUCUCUGACAGUUCACGAGCCGAAUAUGGAGUUGUUUAACAAUAACAUCCCUAAACAUGGAACGCUUAUACAAGCCGGGCAGUGUAAGCCAUAUCACGAGGAAACAAAACCUUUUGAAAUGUCAGAUUUUUACAAGUAUUCUACGAAAUUCAAGAAAUCACCAAUUAAGCAGGAGUGUAAUGAGAAUAGUCAAAGUUCACAUGAAUCACCUUCACUGGCACAAAGUAACUUAAACCCAUCCUUUGGAGAAGAAAGUCCUUCCGUUGUCCAAAAAGUGAUUUAUCAACCACUGCAACCCAUGAAAUGUCAACCAUUCAGCCCAGAUAUCACCUUUGAUGAAACUAUGGAUAAUAUCGGAAGUCCAACUUCCUUAAAUUCAACUCUAAACUUCAGUCAACUAACUUCGAAUGUUGCCGAAAAUUUUUCCGCUGAAAUGAAUGCCUGGUACCAAAACCAGGAACAAGUGGACAAUAACAAUACGGGACGACAUGCUGCUAAUAAUCGAUCUACCGCUACUCUUGUUUAAUGUUACUAAAAUUAUUGGCUGACUGAGUGCUUUAUAAACAUUUUUGUACAAAUGAAAAUGUUAUUUUUAUACAGUUUAUCACAACAAAUUGCAUCAUUUAUAUAUACAUAUAUUUUAUAAGAGACUUUUACAUUUGUUGGGCAACAUUUUCUGGUACUCUGCAAGUAUCUAAAAUGAAUCGCCACAUAGACAUGUUAAACACAUGGAAAUAUUCCACUUUGAAGUCUCUGUAAUUAGUGACUUUAAUACUAAAAGAAUGGUGGUACAUUUCUUGGGUGUUAGUUUGUACAUUUUGACAAAUGAUCUCUUUUAUGAUUCACUAUUUAUGGAUGGACUCCGUUUUAAAGAAAAAUGUUUAAUAGCCAUUUUACAGAUUUCACUGUAACAUUUUUCUUAUGUAAAUCUGUGAUACACAUCACAAUUAGAUAUAAAUGUUUCGUACAGUAUUUAUAAAUUUCUGUUACCUCGUUGUAACUUUAAAAGUUUUUGACUAAUGUGUAUGCUGCUCAUAUUAAUUAAUUACUAAUGUUUAGUUAUUUGUGAAUCAAAUUUUUUACUUAUCAAUUUGAAAAGUUGGUUCUUGUUUGUAUGCAAAGUUGUGACCAGUGAUUGUUUAUAUUUAUACCAAAGUGCUGUUCCAGUGAGACAAAAUUGAUUAUAUAUGAUAAUGAAUAACAGAAAAAAAUUUGGUUGUAAACUCUGACGUUAUUUAUAAAUGUUAGUAGUCUUAAGUAUAAAUUUUAAAUCUUUGUGAAAUUCUUUGAUGCAUUUCUGUGAGAAUUGUUUUGAGUAAAUGUUUACUAAAAGCAAUUGCAGUAUUAGAAGCUAAACGUGAUGUUUAUAUAGACAUGUAUUUGUACUUCAGAGUUUUUACUAGCAAUAAAUGUUUUAUAUUUGAACAAAUCCCAGAUCUAGUGUUGGUGUACAGUAGGUACGUACAUCAUGAAAGGUUUUGAAAUAAAUAAUAAAACAAGAUGUUGUCUUCCCCAAACAAUUCAUAUUUCUGCUGCAGUAGUUACCGAUGUUGCAGAAUAAGUUGUUAAAGAGGCUGACAUAUGUUUCGGUCUGGUUAAGGACAGGCCAUUUUCAAAGCAAACACUACAAGAAUCAUACAAUUAUAGGGUUGUCUAUAUUAGUAAUUAUUACUUAUGUAUUAAAGGAAUCGAUGUUCGUUACAACACUGGUUAAACAAACUGGAAAAACAUAGAUUGGUCAAUUACACAACACAUAUAAUUGCAGACAAUAUCCAGAUUAAGCCAAUCUAUGGACGAUUAA